AUGCUAACUACCUUGUCCUUUUCUUCGUUCCUACCUCUCGUCCUCACACACUCCUCAACUGCAACCGUCAUCAACAUCUUUGCUCACCACGCCACUAUCAACAUCUUCGCACCCAGCAUUCCUGCGUGCACACUACAACUGGCACCACCACCAACACCAGCACCUAACGCGCCUUCCCAAGUCCACCAACUCCACGUUCACAGACAAGAGAAUCGAAGAAGGGAGAAGGGAUGGUAUAGAGAUGAAGGAGGAAAGAGGAACUCGAGGAGACGAGACUUUGGGCACGCUGGAACACUUGCACCACCACCAGCACUUGCACCACCACCAGCAUUCACACCACCACCAGCUUUCACGCCAACACCACCAUCCAUGUCACCUUCGCCAUCAUUCACACCACCAUCUUUGUCAUUCGCGCCGGCACUAGCGCAUACCCCAGCGACACCAUCACCAAUGACCACUACGCCAUUCCCAACACGACAGACGCCAUGCGUGAAUGCCCAGCACACGCCCCUCCUCCUUCUUGUGCCUUCCACAUAUGUUCAAGUCACAUCAGCAUUCGCUGACAUUAUCUAUGACCCUUUAUGUUCCGACAAUCCUGGUGACCAAUAUGGGAUAAUGACUUCCAAAGUUCCAAAGUUCCACAGUUGCCAUAUUAUAUCCAAGGCAAUAGAAUACAUUAAUGAUGCGCAAAUAUAA